CAACUGGCAGGGUGAGCCGCCGGUUCCUGGCCUGCGGCGUCGGGAGGGAGGCGCGGCGGUUUUCGAAGGACCCAAGUGCGGGGAGCGUCGCGCACCGGACCCGCCGGCACCAUGGGCCGCAGAUUCUGCCUGGCUCUUGUGCUAACUGCUCUUCAUGCAGUGACUGGAAAUGAAGAUGCACCUGUUGUUCACCAGGACUCCUGGGGAGAUUUUUGGCUGUUACGUUUUUUAGUUAAUGCUGCGGGUUAUGCAAGCAUUGUCGUGCCAGGUUUCUUGCUUAUACAGUAUUUUAAGAGGAAGAAUUACCUUGAAACAGGCCGUGGAAUUUGUUUUCCAGUAAUCAAAUCAUGUGUUUUUGGCAAUGAGGCCAAAUCAAUGCAUCAGGAUGAUACCAUUUUGGCAGCUCGAAAUGAGACUGUAGAGUCAUCCACAGCCCGUCAGGUUUUUAAGCUGCUAUUCUGCGCAACUGGCCUACAGAUCUCCUAUUUGACAUGGGGUGUCCUCCAGGAGCGUGUAAUGACCAGGACAUAUGGAGCAAGUGACUCAGAGCCUGGAGAGAAGUUCAAAGAUUCUCAGUUCCUAGUCUUUAUGAACCGGAUCCUGGCCUGUACUGUGGCUGGCCUCUAUUGUGCUCUGAUCAAGCAGCCCCGUCAUGGCGCUCCCAUGUACAAGUAUUCUUUUGCUUCCCUCUCCAACAUUCUCAGCAGCUGGUGCCAGUACGAAGCUCUCAAGUAUAUUAGUUUCCCCACACAGGUGCUGGCCAAAGCCUCCAAGGUGAUUCCGGUCAUGCUGAUGGGCAAGCUGGUGUCACGCAAAAGCUAUGAGUAUUGGGAGUAUUUAACAGCAGCACUCAUUUCAGUAGGAGUUAGCAUGUUCUUGCUCUCUAGUACUCAUGACAAGCAUCUCUCCACUGUCACUACCUUCUCUGGCGUGAUCCUCCUGGGUGGCUACAUUGCUUUUGACAGUUUUACUUCCAACUGGCAGGAUGCACUCUUCACCUAUAAGAUGUCCUCAGUGCAAAUGAUGUUUGGAGUGAAUGUCUUUUCUUGCCUAUUCACCGUGGGCUCGCUGCUGGAGCAGGGUGCCUUGAUAGAAUCAAUAAACUUCAUGGCACGGCAUUCAGAAUUUGCUGCACAUGCUGUACUUUUGUCGGUGUGUUCCGCCUUCGGACAGCUGUUCAUCUUCUACACCAUCAACCAAUUUGGAGCAGCUGUCUUCACUAUUAUCAUGACUCUUCGCCAAGCCUUCGCCAUCCUGCUUUCUUGUCUCAUCUAUGGCCAUGCAGUCACAGUAAUGGGUGGGCUGGGAGUAGCUGUGGUUUUCAUAGCCCUUUUCCUGCGUGUCUACGCCCGCAGUCGCAUGAAGAAGCGAGCAAAAAAAGUGCCUGCUGGUGAGGGCACAGUACAGAAGGUUUAGGGGCUACAGGAGAAGCUGUGUCCUCCACCAGAUCCAAAGCACUUGCUUAAUCCUACUCAUGAACUUAGGAGCUGGAAAGGGUGAAGCUUGAUUAUUUUUUCCCAGAUAUUUUUUGAAAAGGACUGGGUUGGCUUGAAGGAAAUGAAGGAGUGCUUCUUACUGUUAAUGUCUGAACUUUUUUCUCAAAACAAGUGGUACUGAGAUCCUUUUCCCAGUGAACAGAUGGAGGUGAGCCUCAUAUGCUUACCCUGACUUGUUUUAUAAGAGAUGGCUUAUUUAUGAUCAGGGCAAAGUGGAGUUGUUUUUGUACCGUUCCCAUCCUACUGCUGCGUGAAAGGGAGUAACAAGAAUAAAACUUUAAGAAGUUCUAAUCAGAAAAUAUCCAGGCUUCACCGUUGAAAGACCAACCUAGGCCAGCCCCCACAGGAAAUCUGGGACUUACCUUACUGUGGGUAAUCUUUUUUAUAAUUGGGGUUUAACUUAAAAAAAAUUUAAAAAAAAUUCAGCCUCCAAAAGCCAUAGGGGGCAUGGCAAUAUUUUGGUAAUACCAGAUGUUCACCUCCCCUUUGUUUUUCAACAAGAUUUGAGGAAAUGCUGAAGUACAAAAUCAGCAUUUAAAACUUUCAGAUGCCUAACAUACCUGCUUUCCAUCUUUUUUACAUAAUCACAUCAAGUUUGUGGGGAUUGCAUAAUGGCAGCUGGGACCAUCUGCAGCCCACUUACUCCUGUCCUACAGAAUCUUUUGCUGGAUAGUGGGCUUUUUCAAAUUACUGUUACUUUUCUGGUUUGGUGUACUUAUAUUUUGCUGAAAAGUUUAGACAGUGCACCACAUCUGCUUUUGUUGGUUCUUGCUUUUUGCUAGCUGACCGUCAGCCAUUCAUCCAUUUUCUUGAACCUUGAGCCAAUUCUUGGGACACUUUCCUGGGAUUUAUAAUUGCAGCAAGCAGUUCAGAAAAGCACAUAUAUUAUCUUUUUAAGUACCUCUCUGGAAAAGGCUCAAUGGGAUUUUUGCUUUAUUGUUGCCCUUGACAAGAUGGCAUAGCUGUACAUCCUGACCUCUUUUGCCUCAUCCCUCCCCUAAGGACUUUGCAGAGGUUGCUACAACUUCUCGGUUUACAUGAGGAACCAGCAAUACAAGACAAACAGCCUGGCCUUGUAUUCUUCCCACAGGAUGGUUUCCCUUGAAACUUGAGUAUUGCAGACUUCUGGCAUAUAAACACCCAUUUUACAUAGCAUGCUCAGCAUGCUGGAACUGUUGGUGAGGGGAACUUUGAAUGUUGUUGCUCAAAGCAGCUCCCUGGUCUUUCCUUUUAUUACUUUUGGAACUAAGACAGUAACUCUGGGCUGUACAGGGCAGGAGCAAUUGAUGUAGUUCUUUUGUCCAAAUGCAAUUGCUCUGAAACCUUGCUACAGCAUUAGAGUUGUCAGCUCUACCCAGAACGUCUGGAUUUUACCAAUUUAACAAUUUUAUUGCCAAGCUGAUAUUGUGCAGGGGAAAUGUUUCUCGAAACACAACUGUCUUAUUUUAUUAAAUUUAUGCAGCAAAGAAAUGGCUCAGGUAUGUUUGGUAAUCUGUAAAAUACGUUGAGCAUAGGAUGAAGCAAACUAGUCUCUUGCAGG